AUGUAUUUUUCUUAUGAUACAAUUCACAACUUUGUGUUUCCAACGUCCAUCACCAAAAUUGGAAAACACAGCAUUUGGUAUGGAUUUGACAAUACAUUUAUAGUACCAAGUACUGUUGUUGAAAUAGGCAAGAACACGUUUAGUGAAUAUAAUUAUCUUGAAGAACUUGUCAUACCAAGCAGUGUCACCAAAAUAGGGAAAGGGUUUGUAAGUGGAUGUAGCUUGUUGACAAGUCUUGUGUGUGAAAAUGGCACCUCGUUUGAUUUAAAAAAUAUCACAGAAAGUGACGAUAUCAUAGUACAAAAGUUGACAGAAAAUACUACAUUGACCAAAUUAACAAAUACCUGUUUUCUUAUAACAAAAAAAUUGACCAUAAUAGAAACCAAUGGAGUGGGUAAAGACAUUUUUGUGAGUUUGGGUAUGUCUGGGAUCCACAAUUGUGUUGGCAAGAAAGGUUUGUUGAGCUUCAAAUGGAGAAAAUGCAAGUUACAACCCAUUGAGACAUCAAACGAACCCCACCUCAGAUACUUAAAAUACUCUGCUGAUGUGAAAAUUGCGACUUGUUACAAUGAGUGUGUGAAAAUGAGUGGCAAUGUCAAGUUAUAUCCACGCAUGUUUGUAGACUGUGUAAAUUUCACAAGUGUUGUGUUAUCAAGAAAUGUGGUUAAAAUCUCAUAUUGUUGUUUUGUUAAUUGUUUUAAUCUGAAAACAAUUGAAUUGCCAACAAGUGUUACAAAAAUAUCUGAGCGUUGUUUCGAAGGGUGUGUUUUGUUGACAUCCAUUUCUUGUAACACAAAUGUCAUUCUUGGAAGCAAGUGUUUUUGUUCAUGUGAUAGUCUAGUUAGUAUUCCACAGACAAAAUACUUCAGAAAUCCUGUUUUGAACGGCGUACCUCAUAAUCUGAAAUUGCACUCUUUGAUGGACUUGAGACAAUCCCACAUUGCGCUUUCUUUGGGUGUUAUAAAUUGA